UAGACCUGGCAGAGUACAUAAACCAACAUCGGCAAAGAGUUCAUCUUUAGAGAAAAUGGGGUCAGGGUGGUCACAAGAUCAGGAUUUACAACAAAAUCAAGAACUAAGAAACACUUCACCUCAAAGCCACCAUAAUGAUGCCGCCGUAGUCAAUGAAGAACCAAGAAAGACUAUGCCACCGAGCAGCAAGAGUAUUGAGACUAACAAGACAAUGGAAGCCUCCAGAGUAGUUGGAUUUCCACAUAAUUACGAAGAAAUCCUAAAAGAGGCAGAUUCUUCUAUUGACAGAUCCUCCAUGGACAAACUGUAUGACCAGCUAUAUGCUGGAGUAUUCUUGAACCAAAAGCACAAGAAAUACUGGGUUGAUAAGAAGUCAAAGGGAAACUGUUUCAUGCUGUAUGCAAGAGACCUCUUAAUCACUUGGGCAGAAAACAACCGUUUCUGGCACUGGCCCUUGGUACAGGACUCGAGUGAUGUGCUUCUUCCAGCAGCAGAAUUACUAGAUGUUUGCUGGCUAGAAAUCCAUGGAAGAUUCAAUACAGUUAGGCUAUCUCCAGGAUUCAUGUAUGAGGUUGUGUUUAUUGUCAUGUUAAAGGAUCCUGCUUAUGGAUGGGAAAAUCCAGUGAAUCUUCGACUCAUUCUCCCAGAUGGUACCAGGCAAGGACAUAAGGAGAAUAUGGUGGAAAAAUCACGAGGAAAAUGGAUAGAAAUCCCAGUAGGAGAGUUCAUGACAUCAGCAGAUCAGAAGAAUGGAGAGAUAGAGUUCUCUCUAUAUGAAUAUGAAGGCGGGAUUUGGAAGAGGGGGCUAGUCAUCAGAGGUGCUGUCCUUCGCCCAAAAGCCUGAGGUUCUAUAGCAUACAAUACGAAUUUGGCAUGCAGCUGCAGCUCGCCCAGUUGCAUUUUGUUUUUAGCUUUUUCACACUGAUGUUUAAAAUGAUGAGCACUAAGCUAGCAGCAAAAAGCAUGAGAUAGUGUUCUUUCUUUUGCAUAUUUAAAUUAAGAUGCAUGUGCUACAUUUAGCAGCUAUAUCCUAACCGUCAAACAUUUGGCAUUAA